AUGGACGAAUACUCAGCUGGUGGAGGCGGGAAGCUCAAACUCAAGGGCGCUAAAGUGAGCGAUGGCCGGGUGAAGAAGAAGAAGAGCAAGAAGAGCUCUUCGGCUGGCACAGGUGCCACUACUGGUGUUGGUGAAAAGGUGGAGGAGAAAAGGAGCGAGGAUGCCGCUGCUGAGGAGCGCGCAAGAUCGGUAUCCGGUGGUGCAGAGGGGGAGGAUGAAUCCCAUUCUACAGGGACAUCGACACCAACGCAGCCUGCGAAGACAGAGGCUGAGAGGAAACAUGAGGAACUGAGGAGGAAACGGAUACAAGAGCGUCUAAAGCGCGAGGGCGUCAAGACCCAUAAGGAGCGAGUCGAGGAGCUGAAUAAGUACCUUAGCAGGUUGAGUGAGCAUCACGAUAUGCCGAAGAUUGGCCCUGGUUAA